AUGGAAGGGUCUGACAGCGUAGAGCAAGGCAGCGGUGACCAGCCAGAGUCGCAGCGCCGAAGGCAGUUGGAUCGUCUGGACAGAGAAGAGGCCUUUUAUCAGUUCGUCAACAAUCUCAGUGAUGAGGACUAUCGCCUUAUGAGAGACAACAAUCUCUUGGGCAAUCCAGGAGAGGUAACUGAGGAUGAGCUGUUUAAUAGACUUCAACAAAUCAAAGAUGGUCCAGAGCAGCAGAAUAACAACCCAAGUACUGAGAACAGUGAAGAUCCCGUUGAAACUCCAGAGAGCUCCGAGGAUUCCCAAGGUGGGGAUAGCCUGCUAGACUGGCUAAACACAGUGAGACGGACCGGCAACACAACUAGAACCGGACAUCGCGGAAACCAGUCUUGGCGGGCUGUGAGCCAGACAAACCCAAACAGUGGUGAUUUUCGCUUUAGCCUGGAGAUCAGUGUGAACCGCAACCUGGCUGAACAGCAGGCAGCAGCUGAAGGGGAGCAGGGGCCUUCGGAGCAGUCGCCAGCAGGCCAAGAUGAAGGGGUUGCAGAUCCUGAGCCACAGGUUCCUAUGGAGACAGAGGUGGUGGAAGAACCGGUUGUUGAAGAAUUAGCUGUCAUUGUUGAGCCAGAACCUGAAGAAAUAGCUGAGGAAGAGGUUGCUUCACAAGAAGCUGUAGAGGAGCCUCCCAGUCCAGCUCCACCUCCAGCCCCAGCUCCACCUCUAGCCCCAGCUCCAGGUCCAGUUGCAGCUCCAGCUCCAGUUGCAGCCCCAACUCCAGUUGCAGCCCCAGCUCCGGCUCCAGUUGCAGCUCCAAUUGCAGCUCCAGCCCCAGCUCCAGUUGCAGCUCCAGUUGCAGCCCCAGCUCCAGUUGCAGCUCCAGUUUCAGCUCCAGCCCCAGCUCCAGUUGCAGCUCCAGUUGCAGCUCCAGUUGCAGCACCAGCCCCAGCUCCAGUUGCAGCUCCAGUUGCAGCUCCAGCCCCAGCUCUAGUUGCAGCUGCAGCCUCACCGGAGCAACCCCCACCUUGUUCUUCUCCACGAAGGGGACAACGGAGACCCCGCAGUCGUAGCCCAGAACCACGGAGGACAAGAGCCCGUUUAGCCAGAAGCCGCUCACCUCUCCGAUUGGAUCACCUAGAUGGUGUGUCCAGUCCACGACACAUGUAUGGCUCUCAAAGCCCCAGUUCUUCCACUGACACACCUCCAGUGCCUCAAGUGGAGGGCAGUUCUCGGACUCGUCAACAUAUUCUCUCCAGGCAAAACCCAGUAGACGACAAUGUUCAGCCACCCAGCGUUGAAACAGAAUCCGUCCCUGAGGCCCAGAAUGUCAGACCUCAGGAAGGGGAGUCUAAUGGGAAUGAAGGAGGCUCAGCAGAGCGACGUCCCCCUACUAUAAUGCUCGAUCUGCAGGUGCGUCGUGUGCGUCCGGGUGAAUAUCGGCAAAGAGACAGCAUUGCCAGCCGCACCCGGUCACGCUCGCAGAACUCCAACAACACAUUUCUCUAUGAGAGCGAGCGAGGUGGUUUUCGCAGGACCUUCUCCCGCUCUGAGCGUGCUGGGGUGAGGACCUACGUCAGCACCAUUCGAAUUCCGAUUCGUAGGAUUUCCGAUGCAGGGUUAGGAGAGGCAACAUCGAUGGCUCUCCAGUCUAUGAUAAGGCAGAUCAUGACAGGCUUCGGCGAGCUAGGCUACCUCAUGGACUCCGACUCGGAUUCUACAGAUUCAAACCGCGGUACCGGGACACCCGCAGACACGGAGACCCUCAACAAUCCAGAUGCUAGUAAUGCUGAUGUGUCUGCUGCUGACGAGCAACCUGCUGUUCCUGCUCCUGGAGCCAGAGAAAGGACAGUUGAGACGGAUGUGGAUGAGGGUCUUGCCACCGGCCCACAGGCUUCGGGAGGUAGGGCUCGACCUAGACCUCCCAUCAGCCUAGAGGAGCCCAGCUCACUGCCCUUCCUCCGACUUGCUCACUUCUUCCUGCUGAACGACGACGAUGACGACCAGCCUCAGGGGCUGACCAAAGAACAGAUUGAUAACCUUGCUAUGCGCAACUUCGGUGAGAGCGACGCCUUGAAGACCUGUAGCGUCUGUAUAACGGAGUACGCCGAGGGAAACAAGUUACGCAAGCUUCCCUGUUCCCAUGAGUACCAUGUGCACUGCAUAGACCGCUGGCUCUCUGAGAACUCUACCUGCCCCAUCUGUCGCAGGGCUGUCCUGGUAUCAGCCAACCGAGAGAGCGUGAUCUAACUCUUAACAAACUCCAACCUUUUCCAUAUUUCAAACUAAUUACACAUCCAAGUCAUGUAAGAUGCUUCGAAGAAAUGUCUCCACUAUGGAAAUUUAUUUUUCUCAUUACUUGUGAGUUUGAUCAUUAUGUUACAGGUUUCAUUCGAGGUGCUCCGUCUCUUGACGUGCAUUGGACAUUUGCUAGCGCUGUGCAGGGCUGAGCGAAAGCAGUGCAUGCUGUUGAUCAACCUGUUGUGUCCAUGCAGUGUUGCGUCACACCAAGCCAUGUACACAAGUAGACCUGUAAUCUUAUAUUAAACCCUUGGAUUAUAAAUGCUGCUGCCCACCUGCAGGUAGUUUAAACACUUCAGAUAUCUUCUUUUGGUAUGAAUCCUAAUUAGCACCUCAAGCACAAUUCUUAGUUGCAGCAGUUGAAAAGUAUUAGCUGUAAAUAGGCUUGUAAAAAAAUAAUUUUGACUCUUUGUAUCAGUGAAUUGGUUGAGGACUGUAAAUUAUCUCACACGAGGAUCUGAGUCAUUUCAGUAACAGUUACUUGAGGCAGUGUCAGGAUAGCAGAUGUGUGUACACAUGAGUUGGUUGCGGGCAACUUGUGCUCCUCCUUUUUCGUUUAAUGACCCAAACAAGACCCUACUCUGGAGUUCCAUUUGCCAAUUUGUGCUAGAUUGUUUAAAACAACAAUAAAUAAAUAAAUAAAAACAGUUGCUCUGGCAUUAAGGGAAACAGCAUUUGGGAUCCUGCUGUGUUUUUUAAUUUAUUUUGAACAGAAAACAUGUCAGCAAUAAGGAUCUGCCUGUAUUGGCUUCAGGUAAAUUUUGACAAUUUGAACCCACAUUUCCUGCCAUCAUUUUGCCAUUUUAUCUUUUUCUACUUUCAUUUUGUACUCAUAAACAAUUAUAAAUUAUAGAAAUUUCACAUGUUAAAUUUCCAUAUUUUAAGAAAACUUUUUAUUAUACCCUGCCUACAAUUAUUUGGGUCCUGAGCCCAGUUUGGGCCAGUUAAUCCCUGCGAAAUAUGACAAAUCAUGACCCCCGAUCAGAGUAAAACUCUAAGCAACCACCUGCUUGUAGAUAUAAUUUAUUGGAGGCAGAAAACCACAUUUCCCUACAAUAGACCAGGUAGAUUAAAUAAAGUUACUUUGACCUAUAAGGCAUAAACUGUUGUUGACAUGGUUGGGAUCAAACGUCCUGUGGCAGAUUUAAAGGGGCAAAAUGACCAGGAAAUGUCGGCAGAUUUCAUUUUGUACACGAGUCCUAAUUUUAGACUAACAGACUCAAAAUUUAAAGUUGUCCCUCUUCCACUAUUCAUAUGUUUUCUGGUGUACAGUGAAUCAGCAAUCAUUCCCUUGCUCUCACCAGCAGCUGCUGCCUGCUAGCAAGCUCGUCGUAUUUUUCUGGUACCGGGUUACUAAUACAACCAGAAACUGGUUUCAGAUGGAAAUGAUUUUUAACCUUAGCUAAAGCCAGAGUUUAAAACGUUCAUCAAACAAUGGCUUAGACUCUCAGACAUUGAUGGAAAAUUGAAGUUUCAACAUAAAGUCAAGAGGUUGCCCAACUGCUUUAUGAGCAAAUCCUCCCAAGUGGUGUGCAAUAUUUGCAAAAUGUACAAGUAUAGUAAAAACAGACCAUGAUUUAAAUGUGUACUAUUGUUAAAAACUGUUGAAAUCCUAAAUGAAGACUUAUAACCAUUGUGUUGAAGUUGAUUUUAUCUAGAAGCUAUGUAGGUUUUAAAAAUGUUAAACAGGAACAUCGGUAAAGGAGCUGAAGGGCAUCACUAUUAUUGCCAUCCUGUUUCUUGUUUCACUGUUUGAUGUCUUAGCCACGAUUAUAGCCUCCCCUUUGGGGACACAGAUAUUUGAAUGCAAGAUGUUGAAUAGCAUAAACAUGUAAAAAAAAAAAAAAAAAAAAAAUGAACUGUGUGUCUCCUCUAAAGGGGCCGGGCUUAGGUUUGGCCUUGUUCUGUGACCUACCCAGUGCAGGAUGUUAACUGGGUGUUUUGAUGAAACUAACCGCUGAAUUAAAUAAGUUGUUAUGCUAUAAAAUAAUACAUCAGAGCUAUGA